AUGGGUCGAAGCGUUCUCUUGCCUAUCUUCUUGGUCGUUCUCAUGGCCAUCAGUUUUGUCUCUGUGUCCGGACAAAUAUGCGUGGACAGUGCAGGCACAUUCAGAACUAAUUCUACUUAUGACUCCAACCGUCGACUCAUCCUCUCGUCUCUUGCCUCUAAUGUCACGGCUCGAGACGGAUUCUUCUACAACUCCUCGAUCGGUGAAGAACCAAACCGAGUCUUCGCAAUGGCCUUAUGCAUCCCUGGAUCUGAAUCAAAGGAAUGCUCAGAUUGCAUAGCCGACGGUGUUACCGAGCUGAUAGAGACCUGUCCUAACAAAACAGAGGCCUAUUCAUGGCCAGGCGACGAAACUCUCUGUAUGAUUCGUUACGCGAACCGUUCCUUCUUCGGAUCGAUCAAGCUGGAGCCACACUUUGUAAGGUACAAUGGCGCAAGCAUCACGUCGAAUGUUGCGGACUUCCACAGAAUUUGGGAUGACUUCAUACUUCAAAUGUUAGUUUCGGCUUCCUCAGGAGGAAAUGGAGUUUCAUCAUCUUCUAGUGGUAAGUAUUAUGCGGCGAACCUGGCGUCAGUGACGACGUUUCAGCGAAUAUACGCGGUGAUGGCAUGCACUCCGGAUUUAUCUCCCAGGGACUGUGAUGGUUGUCUCCGAGCAAAUAUUCAGAGCUAUCAAGAGUGUUGCCGUAUGAAUAUCGGCGGUGCUACUCGGAGGCCGAGCUGUUAUUUCCGGUGGGAUCUUUAUUCUUUCGUAGGAGCUUUUGAUAAUAUCACCUCCGCAGAUCCUCCGCCACCACCCGGUGAUGGAGACGGUCCAGCGAAGAAAGAGUCUCCGCCGCCAUCUUUGACCGGUGAUGGAAACGGUCCGGCGAAGAAAGAUAGCGAAUUUCUUUCAACAGCAGCUAUUGUGAGUAUUGAUCGUUUUCCUGUUGCUCGCCUUUGCGUUUACGUUUUACCGGAGGAGAAAAUCGCACCAAGAAGAAGUUCAGCUGGUAUACUUUCUGCAGCUGGUGAUGAUAUUUCAACAACACAGUCACUGCAAUUCAAUUUUAAGACGAUUGAAGCUGCAACUGAUAAGUUUUCAAAGAGUAACAAGCUAGGUCAAGGUGGAUUUGGUGAAGUCUACAAGGGUAUACUUCCAAAUGGAACUGAAGUAGCGGUGAAGAGACUUUCGAAAACAUCAGGACAAGGUGCACAAGAGUUCAAGACAGAGGCUGUUCUUGUAGCAAAGCUUCAACAUCGGAAUCUCGUCAGGCUUCUCGGGUUUUGUCUAGAAGGAGAAGAAAGGAUUCUCGUCUACGAGCUAGUUCCCAACAAGAGCCUCGAUUAUAUAUUGUUUGACCCUAAAAAGCAAAGGCAGUUGGAUUGGACAAAACGAUAUAAGAUCGUUACAGGGAUUGCUCGAGGAAUUCUAUAUCUUCACCAAGAUUCACGGCUUACAAUCAUACACCGUGACCUCAAAGCUAGUAACAUUCUAUUAAGUGCUGAUAUGAGCCCGAAGAUAGCGGAUUUUGGCAUAGCCAAGAUUAUUGAGAUUGACCAAACUCUAGACAAUACAAAUAGAAUAGUUGGAACAUACGGUUAUAUGUCUCCUGAGUACGCAAUGCAUGGACUGUUCUCUACAAAAUCUGAUGUCUAUAGCUUUGGGGUCUUAGUUCUCGAAAUUAUUAGUGGAACGGAGAAUAGCAAAUUCCACCAAAGAGAUAGUUAUGCUAGCAACUUGGUCACACAUGCAUGGAAGCUUUGGAGCAAUGGUUCGCCUUUUGAGCUAGUUGACCCCGCUCUUGGAGAGAGUUGUGACAUCAGUGAAGUUACCAGAUGCAUCCAUAUCGCAUUGUUAUGUGUUCAAGAAAAUUCCAUGAAUCGUCCAGAUUUGUCAACAAUCAUCUUGAUGCUUACAAGUAACACAAUUACCUUACCGGUGCCUCACCAACCUGGAUUUUUCUUCGAAACCACACGCACUCAAAACCUAGCAGCUGAAGAUAUGGAGACAGGUCAAUCUAUCAAUGAUAUAACAGUUAGUAAUUUAGAUACUCGUUAA